AUGGAACCUCUUCUAGUCAGUGAAGUGCAAUUGUAUCAGGAGAAGAUUAUUGGAAAGGUGAGAGGGGGAUUAGAUUGAUAAUUUUGUAAGGAAUUUUGUUGAUUGUGAUAGUUUGAAGAGAGGGAUUUCGAAAAAUAAAGAAAAAUGCUAAUUCUUGAGAAUUAAAAAAAAAAUAUUUUGCACAAAUGUAGAAUUUGAACUUCUGAAAAUUUUGAAAUGAAAAAAAGUUGCUAUUUCGAGUCUGGAAUUCAACUAAUAUUGUUGUAGAUAUCCAUUUCAAAAAACAUUUUCAAACAUUUAUUCUGACUAAAUUUAGUUUCAGUUUUAUCUGAAAACUAUUCCUAAAAUUUAUCAUGAUCCAGAAAUUUUCUAGAAAUGGAAGCUUUAUGUCGCCGCAUUUUUCGAUGAAAAUCAACUCGGAAAAGCGAGAAUCGAACUUUAUCAAUCAGAAAGUAAGAUGAAAAUCCUCGAUGUUUCUCGAAUCAUCAUGCUCGAACACUGUAUUUCACUCCGCCCGGCCAAAACUGAAAACGGAAUUUCAUUUGUGAAACUACAAUUUCGAGAUGAAUCAAGUAUUCAAUUAUCAUGUGAUGAUUUGCCAAGAUGUAUCGAUGCGUUAAGUGCAAUCUGUUUUCCAAAAAAGGUAAUACCUAUCUAGCUCUGAAAAAUAACAAUAGUUUAUCCUGUUCAGUAUGUCACAAUUGCCCCAAGCACUUCUCUCGAUUCGCCAAGCGUUGAAGAUGAAUUUUUCGAAUUUCGUAAGUCAUUUGAUUUAUUUUCAAAAAAUAAUGGGAAUUUUCAGCCGAUUCAUAUCCGGUUUUGAAACUGAAAAGAAAUCAAAACGGGCGAGAGAUGAGCGAAGGUUUUUAUACGUUGACAUUUUCCGACAGUUUACAUUUGAAUGGAGAAAAUGGCGAACAAUGUAUACCAUAUUCGACUAUUGUUUGGUUAGUUAAAGGGAAUUUCGAGAAUUUUCGGGAUGAAUUGAGAAGUUUUGAAUUCCAUAAUUGUAAUUUUCAGGAUUGCUACUGGUGAACAUUGUGUUGGUUUUGAAGUGGAAAAUCUUGGAGUAUUCGAAUUUGCUUCAGGAGAUGGAUUGCUCAUAGUAGAGCAUUUCAGAAGUUUCCUUCGUUUCACUUGCAAUUUCUCUACCCCUGAUAUCAAGACUGUUUGUCGAUUUAAUCGAUAUUUCCAUCCAAAUCGUCAAGAAAUCGGAACAAUGUCUAACAACUCGACAAUGGAAUCUGUAGAUUCUGGAGGUGUUUAUUCAAAAAUUGUCACCUCUGCCGACACAUCAGUUUCAAGUUUGCAAUUAAAUGAAUCGGAAUUUGUGAACAAUGUGGUGAAAAAUGAAUUGCGAAGAAAUGCGUCAGCUGAAAUGUUGCGCCAUAAAAUCUCAUUCUUGCAAAAAAAGAAGAAUGAAUCAAGGACGGAUUUUGAGGAGAAUGCCGAGACCGAUUUUGUGAGGUGAGUCAAUAUUUGGUGAGGUUUCAAUUAUGUCGAGGACAUUGAUAGAACUCCCAAUGUUUUAUGAUCACAGUGUUUUGUAAGAGGGGAGAUAAAAAUUUUUUGCAAGGAUUAUUUGGGAAAGAUACUCAAUAUUGAAGUUGGAAAACGCUUAAUUUUAGGUUAAAAUUUUUUUUUUUAAUUUAAAAAAAUAUGAAAAAAGUUUCACAGCUUCCGAAAGCUUUAUGUUUGGCUUCCAGAAAAUCCCGUCAACUUUUUUCAAUAAUAUUUUUCCAGACUUCAAAUUCCCAAAUCAAUUCUCUCUGAACAAAACCGUUUCCCAUCCAACAAAAAUGUGUCUUUUGAAGAACCUGUAAGUUUUCUACGCCACAUUUCAACCUUUCUCAACUCAAAUUUCAAUUUCUUUCAGAAAUUAGUCCCACGACAAACCGAUAUUUAA